GGGGGCGUCGUGGCGCCAGGUGGGAGCCCCCGCAGCGCCUGUUCGCCCUCCGCGACGUGUCCCAGCCUGUGUCGCUGCGUGUCCACGCUGCGCGUCAUGGUGUGGAGCUGUCUGCCUGGCGCAUCUCCGAGCGAGCGCACAGGGUGGGCCGGGUCUGGGGCGCCAGGAUGUGUCAGCGUCUCCGCUGCAGGUGCCCAGGCAGCUCCGCUGGCUGCCAGCUCGGCAGAGGCCAGUCACUGUGGGUCCACCGCCCUGGGGGCCGGGCCUGGGUGCUGGCCUCUGUGUAUUGCGACGCCAGUCAGCCGGCCUUGUGUGUGUGUGGGGGGGGGUGCUGGCCCGUCAGUGGGUGAGUGUUUGUGCGCAGAUGGCAAAGCGAUGAAAAGCCCCCAAUGUCCGUGCCAAGGCUGCUUGAAGGGCUUUGGUGUGACGGGGAGGCAGGUGGCCGGCGGGCGGGCAGCUGGCCGCCUCCCCAGGGACGUCCAUGUCCUUUGGGGCUGCAGGGGAGACGCUGUGGGCAGCCAGGGUGCACCCAGUUCCGAUUCCUCUUCCCUCCCUCCAGGCCCAGGGCCCCGGCCGUGCCCAGCCCCGCUGGGAGCCCUGGCCAGCACCACGGACGGCGCCCAGGAAGCCCGCGUGCCCCUGGACGGGGCCUUCUGGAUCCCCAGGCCCCCGGCAGGGUCCCCCAAGGGCUGUUUCGCCUGUGUGUCCAAGCCCCCCGCCCUGCAGGCGCCCGCAGCCCCGGCCCCUGAGCCCUCGGCCUCGCCCCCCAUGGCGCCCACGCUGUUCCCCAUGGAGCCCAAGAGCGGCCAGGCCGACAGCGUGCGGGGGGCCGGCGCGCCCCAGGUCUGCAAGCACCUGGCGGAGAAGAAGACCAUGACCAACCCCACGACGGUCAUCGAGAUCUACCCCGACACCAGCGAGGUGAACGACUACUACCUGUGGUCCAUCUUCAACUUCGUCUACCUCAACUUCUGCUGCCUGGGGUUCAUCGCCCUGGCCUACUCCCUCAAAGUCCGGGACAAGAAGCUGCUGAACGACCUGAACGGUGCGGUGGAGGACGCCAAGACCGCCCGGCUGUUCAACAUCACCAGCUCCGCCCUGGCCGCCUCCUGCAUCAUCCUGGUCUUCAUCUUCCUGCGGUACCCGCUCACCGACUACUGAGGCCGCGGCCUGCGCACGAGGGAGCGGAAGGGCUCACUUUCAGGACGGAGGAUGCCCUGGUGGGCAGAGCGGGCCGUCCGCCCUGGGCCCCGGAGCUGUGAGCGGGCAGCCCAGCUGGCAGAGGUUCCCACAGCCGGGGGCAGCGAGCUCGUGCAGGCCCCUCGCCUCCUGGCCCUCCACCUGCUUCCGGCCCCUGAUCCUCCUGGGCUGCCGCACCCUGGCUUCCAGUGGCUGCACCCCCACCCGGGUCUCUCCGACCUGACACCCAACAAGAAGGGCUCUGAGGGAGCUUCCCCGUGUGGGGGCUGCUGGCAUCUGGGGACUCCCUCCACCCUCCUGACCCAGUCUCCAAGCUGUGACCCCACGACCCUGCUCAGAGCUCCCGUGUCUGUGAAUUUUCAAUAAAACUCCUGCCCAGCGCCA